ACAAAAUAAAGAUGGCGAAAUGAAGUAGCGUUAAUUGGUGCAUUGUAGAACUGUCAUUUUCGUCGCCGUUUUGUUUUUAUAUACUAAAUAAUGGCCGAGAACUCGGAUGAAGCGACACAAGAAAAGACGGUAGAGAGCACGGGUGAACCAUCUGAAUCGAACUGUGGUUUGUGCAAGCACUCGUUUCUUGAUGCCAGUCGGGAGCCAAAAUUGUUACCAUGUUUGCACACAUUCUGCAAGCCUUGCGUUUUGGUGGAAACUGCGGACAAUGGAAUAAUGAAAUGUCCGACAUGCAAACUGGAAUGGCGACAUAGCCAGAUCAUCGAUAACUACUUUGUGCUCGACAAUGUUGCACAGGAAGAGAACAAACAGGGUGCCGAGGGCGGUCAGACAUGUACUAACUGCGACGAGGCAGCGGAGGCAUCGUCGUGGUGUGUGGAAUGCUGUGAGUGGCUGUGUGAUGCUUGCAUGCAAGCCCACCAUCGCGUCAAGGUGACGAAGGACCACACCGUGAGAGCCAAGUGUGACGUGCUGGAGGGUGCUGUGAAGGCACGCCAACGCUCUCUCUACUGCCACAUCCACAAGCAGGAACCACUGAAGCUGUUCUGUGAAACGUGUGACACGCUGACCUGCAGGGACUGCCAGCUGGGCAUGCACAAGGAACACAAGUAUCAGUUCAUACACGAGGCGUCAAACCAACACAAGCAGUUCCUCGUCACUCUCAUCCAGAAGAUGCAAGAGAAGAAGUCGUAUAUCGAGAGCGCCAAGGCACUGAUCAACCAGCGCAGCACGGAGAUCUCAGAGCGUGAGGUGAAAGUUGUCAACGACAUCAAGAUGUUCGCCGUCAAGUUCAUCACAGAGAUCAACAAGCGUGGCAAGCAGCUGUUGAACGACCUAAAUGCGGUGUGCAACACAAAGAAGGGUCAGCUCGGCAUGAAGAACUCGCAGCUGCUGGCGUUGUCGGACCAGCUGGAGCACUGCAUGCGCUUCGCCCAGCACGCGCUCGGCAGCGGCAGUGACACUGCGCUGCUCUACAGCAAACACAUCAUCUCCAACCAACUACGCAACACGCUGCGCAUGCGCUGCGAGGUGCCCAACCCACAGCACAAGGUGGACAUCCGCUUCUUCUACGAGACCUACUUCCUCACGCAGCAGAUUCAGAAUCUCGGCAUGCUCAUCGUCGACAACCAGGUGCUCCGGCGGGGCAGCGGGAGCCAGGACGCGGCCGCGCACUCCGCCGCCGGCUACCAGGGUUCGAUGAACGUGAACGCCCCCACGAGCGGCGGCGGCGGGCGCGGCGUGGCCGCUCCACAGCUGCUGCAGCGGCUUCAGAGUCCCGUGAAUGCACAGCAGGGUGCUGGCAGACAGAACAUGUUAGGCAACAUGCAGCAACAGCAGCCAGGCGGCCACGUGUCAUCCAGUAGUGGCGCCAACAAUCCCUUCAACAACCAAUCACAGUAUCUUACUUCACUCACUGAUCUGAUGAGACAGAGAAGCAGUCAGCAGCAGCAACAACAACACAUGCAGCAGCAGCAACAACAACAGCAGCAUCAGCAUCAGCAACAACAGCAGCAGCAGCAACAACAGCAUCAACAGCAGCAGCACAUGCAGCAACAGAUGCAGAAACAGCAGCAAAUGCAGAAAUCUGGGCAAGGCCAGCCACAGCUUGUGAGUGUGUUGGGAUCUGUGAACCCUACCGUCAUGCAGAAUCUACAGAACAGUCUGAAUCGGUCAGGUCCGUCAGGGCACAGUCCCAACCCAGCCCUCUCCAACCCUGUCCUGCAAUCUCGACUUGGCUACGAACAACAGAGACUGAGGCAUCUGCCUACACUGCAGCAGCAACUGCAGCAGCAGCAGCCACAUGGCUCCCCACCCUUCUCAUCCCCACAGACAACAUUGCAUCAUCUUCCAAGUGUAUCCACAGCUGGACAUGGAAGGCUGUCUCCACAAAUGCAAGGUAGCCACACAAACUCCCUUGGUGCUUCCCAACAGGUACCGCCACCUGUCGCUUCCCCAACCAUCCAGUCUACAACACGAGGUGACAAUCCACCGUCAAGAGAUGGCAGCACUGGUUGCGCGAGCUACUCUGGUGUCAAGACACAGCAGACGUUUAAGGACUGUAUGCAGCAGGAGAAGCAGCAGCAGCUGAAGCAAGCAGAGAGCACCACGUUGGAGUAUCAAUCUAACGUGCGCAUCAAGGCUGAGCCGGUGGAUGGUGGUGGCGGCGCGUGCAGCAACACCCAGCCCAAACACAAGACCCCCGAGGUGUGCAGUGAACCGCUCGCAGACCUACAGUUGAUGAGCUUCACGGAGGAGUCCAUCGCUGACAUUCUCAGUGAGUUGAAGAACUCCGACAACGCUCUGCGACCUUCCACGACUAGCACCAACAACAACUGCCGACCUGAAAUGGAUGAGAGCAGUAUGACUCCUCCUCUGUCGUCAGAGUCUGACGUUCACCAGAAACCUGAGCCAACUGAGAAGCCAACAGGCGAUGCUGGUGCCACAUCCGAAGAUGCUGUGGACAACGUGCUGCCAUCUAGUGAUCUGGCAACGUCAUCUGAUAUUCAAGGAGGUGGUGAUGCAGCUGCCUCCCCAAAGUCGCCGCUCACUCUCAAGGUCGCCGUGUCCUCUGGCAAGGACAUCAGGAGUAGUCAGGAGAGCAACGAUCCGAAUGAGGACUGGUGCAGCGUGUGCCACGAUGGCGGGGACCUCGUCUGCUGCGACUACUGCCCGCGUGUCUACCACCAGACCUGUCACAUUCCCGUUCUCACAGCAGCACCAAGUGGAGACUGGAAGUGUGGUUUGUGUAGAGAGGUGACGGACGAACCUCCGGCAACAGAGAAGACGUCGGGACUAAAGCGCAAGGGCACGUCUACCGGUCUGCCCGUCAUACAGCUUAGAACGUGUGAGCGGAUCAUGUUGGAGCUAUUCUGCCACGAAUCGAGUCCGCCAUUCCAUGAACCUGUCGGGAAACACGUGCCAAACUAUUACAAGAUCAUUACGAAACCAAUGGAUUUCUCUAGUAUUAAGAAGCGACUGUCGCCGAUCAACUUUAACCAUUAUGACAACGCACAAGAGUUCGUGGCCGACGUACGACAGGUGUUCUGCAACUGCUACAAGUACAAUCCU